CCAAAGGCCGUGCGUAGGUGCGUCGUCUCUAUGGUGGCGGCGGAUUCGGAGGGACCGCACGAUCCAGGAGGAAUCAGGCAAGGCUCCGGCAGUUGGGAGCACCGCGUCCUAUGACUUCAUUAUUUCUCCUCUGGGAUUCCCUUAUGGCUCCGUGACUCAGCCCUGGGACUCUCCUCCCCGGCCCCCCGAGAGCCUCCUGCCAGCAUGUGACCCAUCCCCAUCGCGUCCCUCGGGUCACCCCAUCACACCACCGAUCUGAGGAUCUUAUUGCCCUCCGCCGCUCCUCGCUGCCACUCUGUCCCCAGGAUGUUCCGUCGGGAGCGCUCCAUUCCCCUUCGAGGUUCUGCGGCCCCCCUGGUUAACAACCUCACUGUACUGCAGCUGCCAGCCCGCAACCUGACGCAUUUUGGUGUAGUACAUGGGCCAAACGCACAGCUUCUCAGCGCCGCCCCGGAUGGUGUACCCUUGGCCCAGCGCCAACUCCUGGCUAAGGAAGGCGCAGGAGUGAGCCCUCCACUUAUCACUCAGGUCCACUGGUGUGUCCUCCCCUUCCGAGUAUUGCUGGUACUCACUUCACAUCGAGGGAUACAGAUGUAUGAAUCGGAUGGCUCCACUAUGGUCUAUUGGCAUGCACUGGACUCUGGAGAUGCCUCUUCAGUACAGGCUCUGUUUGCCCGAGGAAUUGCUGCCAGUGGCCACUUCAUCUGUGUGGGAACAUGGUCAGGCCAGGUGCUGGUGUUUGACAUCCCAGCCAAGGGUCCCAAUAUUGUCCUGAGUGAAGAGCUUGCUGAGCACCAGACACCAAUCACAGAUAUUGCCACGGAACCUGCUCAGGGACAGGAUGGUCUGGCUGACAUGGUAACAGCAGAUAAUUCCGGCUUGCUGUGCGUCUGGCGUACAGGACCUGAAUUUACAUUACUGACCCACAUACCAGGAUUGGGGGUCCCAUGUUCCUCUGUGCAGCUGUGGCAGGGGAUUGUAGCAGCAGGUUAUGGGAAUGGACAAAUAUGUCUGUAUGAGGCUACCACAGGAAAUCUUCAUGUCCAGAUCAAUGCCCAUGCCCGGGCCAUCUCUGCCCUGGACAUAGCUCCAGAGGUGGGAAAGCUACUCUCUGCAGCUGAGGACACCUUUGUUCAUAUCUGGAAGCUAAGCAGAAGUCCGGAGAGUGGCUCCAUUGAGGUGGAACACUGUCAUGGUGAGUGUGUAUCUGACACCCAGGUAUGCGGUGCUCGGUUCUGUGAGCCCUCAGGCAGCUCCUUUGCAGUGACGGGCUAUGACCUUGCAGAGAUCCUGAGAUUCACCAGUGUGUGAGAGAAAAGUGGUCCUCCUUUUUGCCUGUGGUAUUUAUAAAGUAUUCCUCCACACA